AACGGUUGUGAGCGCCGAGGGGUGGACUGGAAGAACACACCGGUUCUGCUGACUGGCGAACUCUUCUCAACAGGACCAGAGUUUUCGAGAUAUGCUCAACAGACAGCAUCACCUUUGAUUAUUAUGAAACAUCUGAAUGCGGCUCUCAUCGUUGGAGUUACCGUAGUCUUCCUAUUUCUGAACAUUUAUGGACUGAUUGAAAUUCUUCGGUUUCUACGAGACAAGCAGCUUCAACGACACAAGCUUCAUGACUCCGAUGAACUGGUGGAGGUAGACAUUGCGGAGCCGGUGGAGGAAACAACAAGCAGACGUCCGGUCGUCAGAACAACAACGUCAACAGUUGUUCGAACUACUCAUCGCACCAGAAUCACUACGUCUCCCACACCAACCCAACCCACAACAACUACGACGUUGCGAACUCUGCCACCGACGACUCAACCCACAGGCAUCACGACUAUGGUCUUUAUGGCAGGCCACAUCCCAGUAAGCAUGCCGAGCAUCCUCAUCGCCAUCAUCACACCGCCACCCCUCACCACAAAGUGUUUCCAUAUUUUAUUGCUUCAACGACUACCUCAACUGCUCCACCACGAAUUCAUAUUACUACCAACAAGAUACCCGAUCCUACCACCUGAUCGGUCUCGGAUAGAAAUCCACCUUCCGCAUUCGAAAGAGACUGUUCGUCAUGAGUUGCCAAGAGAUGACGUCACCAUUGUCACUGCAUUAAUGGACAUCGGGAGGGGCGAAUGGGAUCGCUAUCGCCGUCCUCUCGAACAAUACCAUUUAUUCAUGGAGAACUUGCUGUCUCUUCAGAAUUAC